AUGAUUACGUUAUCGGAAGGUGCUAUAGAGGCUUUGUGCAGUGGAAACGGUGGCAACGACGCCGUUCUCCAGUUGUUGAGUAUCAGAAAAAUUGAUGGUGGAAGUGGUCCCGCUCGCUUUCGUGUGAUGAUGAGUGACGGACGACACACCAUGUCAUCUUUUAUGCUUUGCACGCAACUCAACUGCAUGGCUGAAGACAACAGACUGGCAUCCAACUGCAUUGUGCUUCUCAAGAGACACGUGACCAAUGUUCUCAGAGAUGGACGACGUGUGGUAAUUAUUAUGGAGCUUGAUGUCCUCAAGCCUGCUGAAGGAGUUAAUGGCCGAAUUGGAAACCCUACCGCUUACAGUGAGGGACUUAAUAAAGCCCCCCAGCAAGCUCCCCCUCCCACCACCCCCGCCGUCCCUGCCAGCCGCCCCCCACUUCAGGCUCAAACAGGAAAUGAAUCACCCGCCUCCUUCCUCCCUCCAGUGAACCGAACGGUCAGCAAAGAUUUCGUGAAGAAGCCUGCCGUGGCCGCGCUGCCGGGGGGGCCCGCCAAAGUCGUGCCUAUCGCCAGCCUUAACCCCUACCUUUCAAAAUGGACUAUCCGCGUUCGCGUCACCAACAAGAGCAACAUUCGCACAUGGAGCAACUCACGUGGUGAUGGAAAACUUUUUUCAAUGGAGAUUGUCGACGAAAGUGGUGAGAUCAGGGUGACCGGCUUCAACCAAGAGGUGGAUAAAUAUUUUGAACUCAUCGAGGUUGGCAAGGUGUACUACAUCACAAAGGGCUCCUUGAAGGUGGCCAACAAGCAGUACACCUCAGUCAAGAAUGACUAUGAGAUAACGCUGAAUGGGGAGACCUCCAUCGUUCCGUGUGAGGACAACUCCGAUGUCCCCAAAAUGCAGUGCGACUUUAUCUCUAUCGGCGACCUGGAGAAAAAGGACAAGGAUGCCAUCGUGGACAUUAUAGGUGUGUGCAAGAGUGUGGAUGAGGUGACUCGCCUGACCACAAAGACCAACCGAGAAGUGUCCAAGAGGACACUUAACCUGAUGGACACAUCCGGCAAGAUUGUGUCGCUCACAUUGUGGGGAGAAGAAGCGGAGCAGUUCGAUGGCGCCUCUCAACCCGUCGUGGCAGUCAAGGGCGCCAAGGUUUCAGACUUCGGUGGCCGCUCGCUCUCAGCGUCCUACAGCAGCACUCUAAUGAUCAACCCAGACAUCCCUGAGGCGUACAAGCUGCGAGGCUGGUAUGACAAAGAAGGGCACAGCAUGGACGGAGAGUCACUGACUGAGUUGAGGAGUGGUGGCGGUGUGGGAAACACCAACUGGAAGACCUUAUCUGAUGUAAAAACGGAGCAUCUGGGACAUGGUGAAAAGGCCGACUAUUACACCUGCAUCGGCACCAUUGUGUACCUGCGCAAAGAGAACUGCCUCUAUCAGGCGUGCCCAAGCCAGGAAUGCAAUAAGAAGGUGGUCGACCAGCAGAACGGCAUGUUCCGCUGCGAGAAGUGCGACAAAGAGUUCCCCAACUUCAAGUACCGUCUCAUCCUAUCUGCAAAUAUUUCUGAUUACGGCGACAACCAAUGGGUGACUUGCUUCCAAGAGAGCGCCGAGGCCAUUUUGGGCCAAAAUGCAGCUUACAUCGGACAGCUCAAGGACUCUAAUGAAGCCGCCUUUGACGAGAUCUUCCAGCAGGCCAACUUCAACACAUUUGUGUUCCGCAAUAGAGUCAAGUUAGAAACCUAUAACGAUGAGUCCAGGAUUAAAGCAACAGUUAUGGACGUGAAGCCCGUGGACCACAAAGACUACAGCAAGAGGUUGAUCAUGAACAUAAGGAAAAUGGCCACCAAAUAG